AUGCCACGGCCUUGGGGCCUCGCGCUCCCGCUGCUGCUCUCCUGGGUGGCAGGUGGAUUAGGGCACGCAGCCAGUCCAAGGGAUCAUGGGUUGUUGGUGUUGGCACGCCAGCCUGGGGUCUGUCAGUAUGGAACUAAACUGGCCUGCUGCUACGGCUGGAGAAAGAACAGCCAGGGAGUCUGUGAAGCUACGUGCGAACCUGGAUGCAAGUUUGGUGAGUGUGUGGGACCCAACAAAUGUAGAUGCUUUCCAGGAUACACCGGGAAAACUUGCAGUCAAGAUGUGAAUGAGUGUGGAGUGAAACCCCGGCCAUGCCAACACAGAUGUGUGAAUACACACGGCAGCUACAAGUGCUUUUGCCUCAGUGGCCACACGCUCAUGCCAGACGCCACGUGCACAAAUUCUAGGACAUGUGCCAUGACAAACUGCCAGUACGGCUGUGAAGACACAGAGGAAGGGCCACGGUGUCUGUGUCCAUCCUUGGGACUCCGCCUGGCCCCAAAUGGAAGAGUCUGUCUAGAUGUUGAUGAAUGUGCCUCUGGUAAAGCCGUCUGCCCCUACAAUAGAAGAUGCGUGAACACAUUUGGAAGCUAUUACUGCAAAUGUCAUGUUGGUUUCGAACUGAAAUAUGUCAGCGGCCGAUAUGAUUGUGUAGAUAUAAAUGAAUGUGCUGUGACUACCCCUAUGUGCAGCCUCCAUGCCAAUUGCCUCAAUACCCAAGGAUCCUUCAAGUGUACAUGCAAGCAGGGAUAUAAAGGCAAUGGACUUCAGUGUUCUGUUAUCCCUGAAAAUUCCGUGAAGGAGGUCCUCAGAGCACGUGGUACCAUCAAAGACAGAAUCAAGAAGUUGCUGGCUCACAAAAACAGCAUGAAAAAGAAGGUCAAAAUUAAAAAUGUCACCCCAGGACCCACUGGGACUCGCACCCCUAAGGUUGACUUGCAGCCCUUCGACGAUGAAAAGAGUGUUUCCAAAGGCGGGAACUCUAAUGAAGAAAAAACAGAGAAUGAAGAGACAAUGAAAGAGGAGCUUGAGGAAGAGGAGAGAGAAGAGAAAACCCUGAAGAACGACGUGGAACAGGAGCAACGCCUUCGAGGAGAUGUGUUUGCCCCUAAGGUGAAUGAAGCAGGUGAAUUUGGUCUGGUUCUGGUCCAAAGGAAAGCACUAACUUCCAGAUUGGAACACAAAGCGGAUUUAAAUAUCUCAGUUGACUGCAGCUUUGACUAUGGGGUCUGUGACUGGAAACAAGAUAAAGAAGAUGAUUUUGACUGGAAUCCUGCUGAUCGAGAUAAUGCUGUUGGCUAUUAUAUGGCAGUUCCGGCCUUGGCAGGCCACAAGAAGGACACUGGCCGAUUGAAACUUCAUCUCCCCAACCUGCAGCCCCAGAGCAACUUCUGUUUGCUCUUUGAUUACCGGCUGGCUGGAGACAAAGUAGGGAAACUUCGAGUGUUUGUGAAAAACAGUAACAAUGCCCUGGCAUGGGAGGAGACCAGAAGUGAAGAUGAAAGGUGGAAGACUGGGAAAAUUCAGUUGUAUCAAGGGACUGAUACUACCAAAAGUGUCAUUUUUGAAGCAGAACGUGGCAAGGGCAAAGCUGGUGAAAUUGCAGUGGACAGCGUCUUGCUUGUUUCAGGCUUAUGUCCAGAUGGUCUUUUAUCUGCAGAUGGUUGA